AUGUUUUCAUUAGGAAGUACUUUGUCGUUUCUCGACAACCCAAACAUCCCAUGGAAGUCAAUUAUCAUUGCCCUCUCUGUGGGACAAUUUGCGUUUGAAAAAUAUCUUGACUAUCGUCAAUACCAAGUCUUAAAACGUACAUCUCCUCCAAAGACCUUGAAGAAGGAAGUCAGCCAGGAAACUUUUGACAAGUCUCAAGAUUACUCGCGUGCCAAGGCCAAGUUUGGUUUCUUCUCCGAUACCAUCUCUUUGGUUCAAAACUUUGUCUUUAUCAAGUAUGAUUUAUUGCCAAAGUUUUGGAACUUUAGUGGCUCCUUGAUGUCUAAGGCCUUGCCAUAUUUGCCAAAGUUUAUGGGUGGAGUCAUCACUCAAUCCUUGUUUUUCAUCUUUGUUUUCCAAGUUGUUUCUACUGUCUUAUCCAUGCCAUUGCUGUACUACUCCACUUUUGUUUUAGAAGAAAAAUAUGGCUUCAACAAGCUGACUGUUGGUCUUUGGCUUAGUGACACUGUAAAGGGAUUUGGUCUUCUUGUUGUUCUUGGUUUCCCUGCAAUUGCUGGUUUCUUGAAGAUCAUUGAUCAUUUCGGUGAUUCCUUCAUUUUAUACACUUGUGGAUUUGUCUUGGUAGUUCAAUUGGCAGCAAUGACCAUUUUCCCAACUUUAAUUCAACCUCUUUUCAACAAGUUUACUCCUUUGAAAGAAGGUGAAUUGAAGACUGCUAUUGAAAAAUUGGCCGUUGAACAAGAAUUCCCAUUGACUAAAUUAUUUGUCAUUGAUGGAUCUAAGAGAUCAUCGCAUUCCAAUGCAUACUUCACUGGAUUGCCUUGGAGUAAGCAAAUUGUUCUCUUUGACACUUUGAUCGAUCAUUCCUCCGUUGCUGAAACCGUUGCUGUCUUGGCUCAUGAAAUUGGUCACUGGAAAUUGCUGCACUUGCCUCGUGUUUUACUCUUUGCUCAAGCUCAUAUGUUUGCUGUUUUCACCAUGUUCUCAGCCUUCUUGACCAACAAAUCUUUGUACAACUCCUUUGGCUUUUACUCUGUUCAACCAGCCAUGAUUGGGUUCUUGUUGUUCAAUGAUCUCUUCCAACCAUUCGAAUGUGUUUCUCAAUUCGCCAUGAACUUAUUAUCUAGAAAGCAUGAAUUUGAAGCUGAUGCCUACGCCAAGAAGUGUGGAUAUUCAGAAGAUUUGGCUCGUUCUUUAAUCAAGCUUUUAAGUAAAAACUUGUCUACCAUGGAUGCCGAUUGGUUAUACUCAUCUUACCACCAUUCUCACCCUAUUUUAGCUGAAAGAUUAGGUGCAAUUGGUUACAUUUCUAAGGAGAAGAUCUCCAAGGAGGAAAAAUUGGAAAAGGAAGAUUAG